CCGAGGCCAACGAACCCUUCCCCCCCAGGAAAGUCAAAAGGCUAGAAAUUUAACAUCAACAGAGUGAUCGAGAAAAUCCAACGCAUGGUAUUGAAGUUCGGUGUGAAAGGACCACCAGCAGCAGCAGCCACCAAAAAAGCACAAACGUUUAUAAAAUGGCUCCAAGGCAGAGAUGCAGCAGACUGCAGACCAACAAGUGCACAAUUUGAUUCGAGGUGCAGGAAAAGCUAAAGGAGAGAGAGGCCGAGCCAAAAUGGAUAUUGUUGAAAGCAAACAUAUUUCAGAACCCAUCAAAUCGGAAGCUCAAAUUUCCCAUCUUGCUUUGGAUAUUGGAGGCUCUCUGAUAAAGUUGGUUUAUUUCUCAACAAACAGUGAUUCUUCUUCUUCUUCUUCAAAGGACAGUGUAGCAGUUUCUAGUGGCAAUGAAGGCCGUCCUGUUCUUGAAGGGAAGCUCCAUUUUGCGAAGUUUGAAACCGCCAAGAUAAAUGAUUGCAUAGACUUCAUUCGGUCCAAGCAACUUCGCCAUAGUGGCUUCCAGAAACAUGGGGCUCCAGCCGGCGAGAAGUGCACUAUUAAGGCCACUGGUGGUGGGGCAUACAAGUACACGGAUCUCUUUAAGGAAAAGCUUGGGAUUUGUCUUGACAAGGAAGAUGAAAUGGACUGUCUUGUGGCUGGAUCAAAUUUUUUGCUUAAGGCAGUUCACACCGAAGCAUUCACAUACAUGGAUGGUCAGAAGGAAUUUGUGCAGAUUGACCAUGAUGAUCUAUAUCCCUAUAUGCUUGUUAAUAUUGGUUCUGGUGUCAGUAUGAUCAAGGUAGAUGGACCUGGUAAGUUUGAGCGAGUAAGUGGAACCAAUGUUGGUGGCGGCACCUUUUGGGGUUUGGGGAGGCUUUUAACAAAGUGCAAGAGUUUUGACGAGUUGCUGGAGUUAAGUCAUCGGGGAAAUAAUAGGGUGAUAGACAUGCUUGUUGGGGACAUCUAUGGUGGAAUGGACUAUACAAAGAUUGGUCUUUCAUCAACCACCAUUGCUUCUAGCUUUGGCAAGGCAAUUUCUGAUAACAAGGAGCUGGAAGAUUACAAACCUGAAGAUAUCUCUCGAUCCCUCUUAAGAAUGAUUUCAAAUAAUAUUGGACAGAUCUCAUACUUGAAUGCACUGAGAUUCGGGCUCAAGCGGAUAUUUUUUGCUGGAUUUUUCAUUCGGGGUCAUGCUUACACCAUGGACACGAUUGCUGUUGCUGUUCAUUUCUGGUCUAAAGGUGAAGCAAAAGCAAUGUUCUUAAAACAUGAAGGAUUUCUUGGAGCUUUGGGUUCAUUCAUGAGCUAUGAAAAGCAUGGCUUUCUUAACUUGAAGGUCCACCAGUUGGUGCAACAAUCUCCAGUGGAUGCAUCCCGUGGAGGAGAUAAGAUUCAUGAUCCACCAAACGGGGAAUUGAAUGAAAAUCAAAGUAUAGAUUGCAGUAUCUGCCUGUCAUAAAAGUUUGCGUUAGAUUUUCUCCUCCUGGAGUUUGGAUACGAGAACUGAGAGGCAACUCUUGGUUGCCUUUCUAAAGUCUGAAACUCAAUGACUCGAAACUUGCGUAGCAUAUGUAACAUUGUCUAUAAAAUUACUAGGGACAUGUUUGCAAAAGUGAAGAAAAAUUCAGAUGAAAGAGAGAGAACUCAUAUAUUGUACACUGUAACUUAUGUGUCGUAAACAUCUGUCUAGAUUUUGUAAUUUGUAUUUCUUUUCCAAAAUAUUGUAACUGCGCUUCAUUAUUCAAUAAAAUGAAUUCCUGACUGUCA